UUCAAUACUGUACUCGUUUAUAAUAAUAAGUUUCUUCAAACGACUCGCGAGUUAAUUCUUUGUGAACAAGCCCCCUACUGCAUGUUAGGUUUGCUGAGACAGUGUGGUGCGAGGAAGAGGUUUGUACGCGUUUUUCUUUAAUCACAGCACUUCAGACAGCUAUCCACGACAGAAAUGAAACAUUUGAAAACAUACCGAGAUGGAAACGCUGCAGAGAAAAAUGCGCGACGUAAGAGCGUCAACGUAACGCAGAGAGCGAGGGCGGGGCUCGCGAGGGGAGGCGCUCGAGAAGCGGAAAAGGAUGUGCGCGGGGGCUCGUAGGGGGUGGACGGUGAUAGAAAAAGGCGGUGUUAAUUAUUCUAAUGUGUUUAUUUAUUUAUUUUUAACCCGCCGCCUCCUCCUCUCCUUAUUUUUUAAGUAUUGUAAAUAUAUAUAUAUAUAUUUCCGUACGGACACGCAGUGUUUGGUGGUGCGCUUGUGCCAGAACCCGAAGCUGGCUCUGAAGAACAGCCCUCCGUACAUCCUGGACCUGCUCCCGGAUACGUACCAGCACCUGCGCACCAUCCUGUCGCGCUACGAGGGCAAGAUGGAGACGCUGGGGGAGAAUGAGUACUUCAGGGUCUUCAUGGAGAACCUGACCAAGAAGACCAAGCAGACCAUCAGCCUGUUCAAGGAAGGCAAGGAGCGGAUGUACGAGGAGAACUCGCAGCCCAGACGCAACCUGACGAAGCUGUCGCUGAUAUUCAGCCACAUGCUGGCAGAGCUGAAAGCCAUCUUUCCAAACGGACUGUUUCAGGGAGAUAACUUCAGGAUUACCAAGGCAGACGCCGCUGAGUUCUGGAGGAAAGCUUUCAGUGACAAAAGCGAGGUUGAAGACCCUGAACUGAUGUCCUGCUUCCCUCCCAGGACGAUCGUUCCCUGGAAGAUAUUCCGGCAGGCUCUGCACGAGUUUCACCCAAUCAGCUCCGGCCUGGAGGCUAUGGCACUGAAAUCCACAAUUGACCUCGCGUGCAAUGAUUAUAUCUCAGUGUUCGAGUUCGACAUCUUCACCAGGCUCUUUCAGCCAUGGUCAUCCUUGCUCCGAAACUGGAACAGCCUGGCAGUCACACACCCUGGCUACAUGGCCUUUCUCACAUACGAUGAGGUGAAGGCCAGGCUCCAGAAAUUCAUCCAUAAACAUGGCAGUUACAUAUUCCGGUUGAGCUGCACAAGGUUGGGUCAGUGGGCGAUAGGAUAUGUCACAGCGGAUGGAAAUAUUCUCCAGACAAUCCCUCACAACAAACCUCUGUUCCAGGCCCUCAUCGACGGCUUCAGGGAAGGAUUUUAUCUGUUUCCCGAUGGCCGCACACAGAAUCCUGAUCUCACUGGGCUGUGCGAGCCCUCUCCACAAGAUCAUAUCAAAGUCACACAGGAACAAUACGAGCUGUACUGUGAAAUGGGCUCCACCUUCCAGCUGUGUAAGAUCUGUGCGGAGAAUGAUAAAGAUGUGAAGAUCGAGCCCUGUGGGCACCUCAUGUGCACGUCCUGUCUGACAGCUUGGCAGGAGUCCGAAGGCCAGGGCUGCCCGUUCUGUCGCUGUGAGAUCAAAGGCACGGAGCCCAUCGUGGUGGACCCCUUCGACCCCAAGGAUAACAGCGGGGGGUCCUUCAGCAGGGCUUGGUUCGGGGCUGAGGGGACCCCCUCCCCUAACUACGAUGACGAUGAUGACGACAGGCUGGAGGACCCCCUCUUCAUGAUGAGUAAACUGGCCUGUUCAAAGGAGGAGCGCCCCCCAUCCCCCAUGUCUCUGGCCCCCCAGGCUUCCCUGCCACCUGUCCCUCCCCGACUGGACCUUCUGCAGCACCGGCCUUGCAACCCCCCUGGUGCAUCCAGCCCUGGAGCCACCUCCAAGGCCUCCUCUCAUCACAAGGACAAGCCCUUGCCUCUGCCCCCUGCUCAGAGAGACCUCCCUCCACCCCCUCCCCCAGACCGGCAGAACUCCGCAGGGGGAGAGGGUCGCCUCCAGAGACGCCCCCUGCCCAUUACCCCCGGAGAGCUGCCCAGGGACAAGCUUCCCCCAACCCCGCCAAACCGGGGCGGAACGGACUGGCAGUCCCGGCCUGUCCCCAAAGCCCCUGUCCCCUCCAAUGUCCCUGUCCAGCUUCCCAACCCUGUGGACUGGCCAGGGAGAGAGCUGUCCAACAGGCACUCCCUUCCCCUGGCACUGCCUUCUACCAUGGACGUCCGGCCGGAGGCACAGAGGCAGACCAGCAUGCUAAGUCUGGACAACCAAGUGAACUUCAGCGCUGGUGCCUCGGUGAGUCAGGAGUAUGAUAACCCCAAAGUGAAGCCGUCUGUCUCUGCCAAUGCAAUCUAUGCCCUUGCAAGCAGACCGCUACCUGCUCUGAAAUCCCUGGCAGCUGAAGAAGUGUCGGACAGGGACGAGGAAUCUGAGUACAUGUCUCCUUCUUCACGCCCAGCGUUCCCCCCACCAAACACAGCCGUGCCUGAGCUCAACCACAGAGUGAGCCAGCCUGCCACUCGCAACUCCAGACUGGCAGUGAGCGAGAUGGAAAUGGAGGGUCCCCAGAUGUACGAAGCCAUGUAUAACAUUCAGUCCCAGGCCUUAUCUUCUACCACGCAGCAAGCCAGAGACUCUGACUAUGCAGAUUUGCCCCCUGCUGUUGCUGCCUCUGCCAAUGGUCUGGGCCCCCUGCAGAUUGACGAUGAUGAGGAGGAGGAGGAGGAGGAAAAUGGGUACGAUUUCCCCAAACCUCCCCUGCCCUUGGCUCCAGCCAGACGCACACUGUCUGACAUCUCCAGCGCCACCUCAGCCUUCAGCAGGCUGUCUAUGGACAGUGAUGCAGCUUCUCCUAGUACUUCUUUUGCAGAUGGCAGUCAAGUACCAGAGAGACCACCCAAGCCUUUACCUCGCCGAAUAAACUCGGAGCGUCGGCCAAGCCCUGUCCCCCAGAACAGUAGCGGAGGUGCGGUGAACCCCCUCGUCUCCAGCGAGAUAGACAACCUCAUGAGCCAAGGCUACUCCUAUCAGGACAUUCAGAAGGCACUGCUGAUUGCAAAAAACAAUAUCGAAAUGGCCAAGAAUAUCCUGAGAGAAUUUGUCUCCAUUCCUUCCACAGCCCACAUCCUCACGUAACCCGGCUUCUUUGAUUCCUCUCCCCGUCUCUCUCUUUCUUUCUGUGUCUCUGUCGGUCCCAUACUGCUUGUAAGACUGCCUCUGCAGCGAAGCUGACUCCAUCUUGCCUGCCCAAACCCACAGACCGGGGUACGGUAGCUUACAGAGUAAGUAAGUAGCGGGGUUCUGAAAAUAUGUAACGCUACAAGUAACGUACCUGUAAUUAUUUUUCUUUUCAUCGUCAACAUACUGACAACUUUUUACAUUUAUUUAUAACUUUAUAGUCUGUUUCAAAGCUCUUUUCAAAAUGUCUGCUCUAGUGCACUGAUAGUGUCAGGAUUAUUGCCUACAUUGUCAAACAGGUAGCACAGCAAUAACGAUCCAUGAUGUGGUACGGAACAGAAAAGCCAGAACACUUGUUAUGUUUAUUUGAAUUUUUUUUUUUUUUUUUAAUCGCUCUUCCUGCAGUGAUUUAGAGGACAGAUCUCAAACCCUUAUGCACUAGAGCAGACAUUUUGAAAAGAGCUUUGAAACAGACUUUUUAAAGUGUAGAAAGUUGUCGGGAUGUUAACAGUGAAAAGAAAAAUGACAGGUAAGUUCUUUAAACAGUUGUAGCAACAUGCGGGGACGUGCAAUGCUAUAUUUUUUGGAACCCCGCUACUUACUCUUUAAGAUUCUUACUUUUAAAGGGGCUUGAUGCUUGAUGUAACAAAACAAAAUAGCUCCAUUCCAGCGUUUAUGGUUCAGACUCACUCAGACAGCUAUAGAAAGUAUAAUUAAUAAAAUCAUGUUCUAUCUUUUGUUAAUAACAAACAUAAGAUUAACAUUGUGUAUGUCCAGGCUUUGUGAAAAUGUGUGACGUAGCAGUGUGUGGUGUCUGGUUAACCCAGAUUACAACCAAGCAUAAAAGAUAAUUGGGACCUUCUACAGCAAAGAACAUUUUAACUGUGCGUUUGUUAUACCCCACAACUCAAUGGAGGCUGUCCUACAGAUGAGUCAGUUCUGGGAGCAACACCAUCUCCCCAUAAGAAGUAGAGACUUUGUGCCUAUAUGACUAUAGAAAUUCCCCUUACUGCAGUUCCUGAUUUGUGCCUCAUCCAUUUUAUCUUAUUGCAUGGAUGGAUGUGUUUGCAGUUCAACUGUUCUUGAAAGGCAACAGUAACGCGUGGAUAUGAACCCGCUUUGAACUCCCUCAGACCAUAAUCUGCAUCCUGCGUUCAAUGCCUUGGUGGGAACAGCCUUGUUUUCUACAUGGUCUUUUAAUGGAUCAUUAUUUAAAGUGCAUAUGGAAUCUGACUGGUUUUAAAACCAGGGUGGCCUGGACACCUGGUUCAUUAUCCUCUUGCUCUGAAGCUGGAACGGAGACUGGUAGGACAUCAUAAAAUAGCUGUUGGGUCCAUUUAAAAAAAAAAAAAAGAAACAAACAUCUUUAGUGUUUGAGAGCUUUUUUGUUUUAGAGCUACCAAUAAGAAGUGCUGGUUGUCAUUCUUGGCUUGAGCCAUCACCUCAGAUGUGUAUCGGUCUUUUUUUCUUUUUUUUU